AUGUCUCUCUGUCACUGCGAGACUGCGGCGGAACCAAGAAGAGAAACAGAGGCGACCAUAAAGAUAUGCGAUUGCGACUGUGACUGCGACUGCGGAUGCUGCAUCGACCAGUUGUACUCCGACAUUGCAAAGGAGCCGAACUGGCUGAAGGAUCUGGGCGAAAAACAAUUCGUCCAGACUCCGCUUCACGAGGCAGCGAAGGCGGGGAGGACCACUUUGGUCGUGGAGAUCAUGAAUCUGAUGCCGGCCCUGGGAAGGAAACUCAACACGGAAGGGUUCAGCCCCCUCCACUUGGCCGUGAAGGAAGGGAAGGCGGACACGGCCCUGGCGCUGGCGGGACUCGACAAACAGCUCGUGUCUGUGAAGGGCAAGGGCGGCCUCACUCCCCUGCAUUACGCCGCGGCAUUGGCCAAACCUUUAGAUGCUAAUGCGCUGGAGCUGUUACUCGGCCUUCUGGCCGAUUGCCCGGACGCCAUAUCCGCCUUGAAUAACAGGAAGCAGUCUGCAGUGCACGUGGCGCUUGAGAAUGGAAACGAUGAAGCUGCUCUCUAUCUCGUGAAUUGGCUCAUCAUCGUGGCCAAAGAAAGUCUUCUUUCUAAUGGGGAUGAUCACGGAAACACCACACUUCACGUUGCAGCUCGUUAUUGUACCAACAAGGGUGUACUGAAAUCACUGACCAAAUUAGUUAUAGUGAAUAAAGAGAACGACUACGGGGAGACGCCUCUGGACGUGGCCAUCCAUUACAACAACGGCGACGCCAAGUACGCUCUAACGCAAGCAGGAGUCCCCAUCACGACUACGAAAGCCCAAACUCCCCGGAGCAGCAAACCAUCAUUGAUGGUUCGAUAUCUCCGCGAAGCAUACGCGGACGAAUGGCCCGAGAUGCUAACCCGCGCCUACUACUUCGUCACCAAGGAGCUCACCAUGGACAUGCGCAACACCAUCCUCGUCGUCGCCGUCCUCAUCGCCACCGCCACCUACCAGGGCGUUCUGCAGCCCCCUGGCGGGGUCUACUCCGCAGAGGGGACAGGGGCCCCAGAGCGCCUGGCGCGUGCGCGGCGGGUGCUGGGCGACAAGCACCACCCACCAGGGCGGAUGGUGAUGGGGACCAUCAAAUACAGCUACUUCAUGCCGACAAACACGCUGGCCUUCAUCUCGUCGACGCUGAUCAUCAUCUUCGUGCUGCCCGACCGCGCCUUCAUCAUGAUCCUGCAGGCCUGCUUGAUCUUCAUGUGCGUCAGCUACCUCCUCGCGCUGAAUUUCAUAUCCUACUACAACAGCUUCUCGAAAAUCCUGGACAUCGUAUGCGGAUGCACCCUCGGCGUCGCCUUCCUGCUGAAGCUGGCAUACUAUUUCGUGAUGGCGUACUACAACGACGACGAGUGGCUGCUGCGCCGGCUCGGCGUGAUUAUUAGUAACCGCAGGGCGUUGGUGAAGGGGAAGAGUAAGAAAGAUGAAUCGGAGAAGAAGAUGUCGAUUUUGGGGAGGAUGAGGCAGCAGUACCUACUUAUUAGUAAAAGACCUGCUUAAUUAAUUAAUUAGUUAGGACCUCACUAUAUAUUUUCAUCUGAAUAUGCGUAUGUGUGUGUGUGUGA